AUGACAAUCAAACAAAUAUACAUCGCCAGACACGGCUAUCGAGCCAACUGGGCCCCACCACCCCAUCCCCCUAAUCCAACCGGUAUCGACAGUGACCCACCAUUAGCACCCCAUGGUGUUGCCCAAUCAAAACAAUUAGCAGCAUAUUUACAUUCCUUACCCAGUAUCGACAGACCCCAAUUCAUAUUAUCAUCCCCCUUCUAUAGAUGUCUUGAAACUUGUCAGCCAAUUUGUGAUAUGUUGGGAAUUCAAGUUGCAAUUGAUCGUGGUAUAAGUGAAUGGUUUCGUAAAAAGAGAAAAACAAAACCAAUUCCGGCCGAUUAUGAUCAGCUCAAGGAAUUCUUUGGUCCGAAGAUGUUUGUGCCUGAAGGUGAAUGGCCUCGUGAUACUGCGGUUGGUGUGGUGCCUGAUGUGACUGGAGAAACGUUUCAUGAUAUUUUUGAAAGAGUUAAACGGUUUUGGGAGAAGUUUGUACCGGUAUUUGAAUCGAAAUAUCCUGAUAUUGAGAAUAUAUUGGUGAUUACUCAUGCAGCUAGUGCAAUCGCACUAGGAUCCGUGUUGUUGAAAUUGAAUUCUGUGACUGAUUAUAUUGAUGAUAAUCAAACUAUGAUUAGAUGUGGGGCUUGUUCUGUAUCGAAAUAUAUCAGGGAUGAUAAUGAUAAUGAUCAGAAUCAAAAAUGGAAGAUUGUCAUGAAUGGGAAUUGUGAAUUCUUGACAAUGGGUGAAGAAAUGCAUUGGGAUUUUGCAAUGGGUGUAGAGGCCGGUUCUGCCGAUGAUGUUAAGAUGAGACAAGCAAAAGCGGCCGAUGCAGAAGCAAAAGCAAAACUUAAACAACUAGGAGUAGAACAAGUAGAUGAACCCUCCACAAAUCAAUCAGAAACAGUCACGGAGUUGGCAACUGGAGCAGAUGGUGAUAUAAAUAAUGAAGAAUUCGAGAACUUCUAUAUAACAAUAGACGUACCAAUGUUUGGCAAAAAAGAAGGUCUCGAAGAAAUGAAUAGAACAUCGGCUCCAAUUUCUACCACCCCGAGAUCAAAAAUAAACGUCAUAAAACCAUCAGCACAACUCCAAUUCACAGACAUAAACCAUCCAAAUCCAUUAAUCAAAAUCUCCAAUAAUAUAAUCAGUCCUUCCGAAGCAGGAGCAGGAGGUCCUGGGUCAACGAAUGGAAAUACAGAAGUGGUGAAUACUUCUGCGAUUAUUGAUGGGAAAAUAUUCGAAAUGGGUUGGAAGUCUUUAGUAGGUACGGAUUUGGUGUUUGAUGAUUAUGGAGAAUUGAUAGGUACUGUGAAGGAACAUUUAGUUCAUAAUGAUCGGGUGAAGAUUGUGCCUAAUGAUAGUGGGAUUAAGGAUGAAGAUCUGGAAGAAGAGGAGGAAGAAUAUGAUGACGAAAUGGUUUCGGAAGAAAAAGAUACGCAGAGUCAGUUUUUGAAGAGAGCUAUUAAACUGGCAAAGAGAAAAGAAGGAGCUUCUACAACAGCUAAUACUACGGUUGAUACUACAAUGAACUAA